UAUAAUUAGCAGGUAUAACCCUCUCCCAUGAUUGGCAAAGACUAUUCAAGCCAUAUUAAGAUAGAUAAAGACAAUAAGUGCAGUUUGGAGCAGGGAUGAGAGGCUCACAACCUCAGCAGUCGCUGUUUCGAAUGUCUUCAUCAGUUUAUACAUCCUCACCUAAUGCAAAUUAAUUUAGCCAAAUAAUUCACCUGCAAGACAAUAUAACUUCGGAAAUGAAUGACUUGGGCAGACUUGGUUUGGAAGUAGUAUUUUGCGUUUAACGAUUAGUGUCUAGUGGUAAAAUGGAAACACCAGUUCUGGCUGCGUUAGGUUAUGCGCAGGAUAGAUUUAUCUUUAUUUUCCGCGAUGCACCGCACACGUUAUUAUUACUGCGUGGUAUAUGACCACACAAAUAUGCUGGGGGACUGUGUUUAGAAAACGAGGGCUUUUGUUCCCCGCCGCUGAUCCGGGAGCGAAACGGGAGCUCUCUAAGACCCCGCAGAGGUUCUGCUUGCCGGCGCCUCAGCCUGCGCGUCGCCGGGGGAUCGCCAGGCUUCACCCCGCUCUGCGCUCACGGAGGUCGGACGCGGCGGCUGUUGAGCGCUGCGGUGCGGUGCGGCUCGCCCGGCAGCCGGCUGUGCGGGACGCUGUACGGCGAUGCCUCUGUCAGCCUCCAGACUGCUCUGAUCAAGCGCAUUUCGGUCUACAGCCUCCCAAAAUGAAGACACCCAUGCGCCAUGGGGUGGCUGCCUUUCUCCUGAUCACCAUGUGCACCAGCUUACUGUUCGUGUAUAACAUCAGCACCAGCAAAGAGCACAAUGACGCCGGCAGCCGGCAUAGGCAGAAGCCCACCGUACCCUAUAGCAGGAGCCCGAGAGCCCCGCGCACUCCUGCCCUGCAGGGCUACGGCAGCAUCAUCGAUCACCGGCCCCUGAACAUGCACUGCAGGACCUGUGCCCUGGUGACCAGCUCAGGGCAGCUGAUUGGCGGUGGCCGCGGCAGGGAGAUUGACAGUGCCGAGUGCGUCAUCCGCAUGAACGACGCCCCCACACAGGACUACCAGCGCGACGUUGGGGACCGCACCAGCCUGCGCGUGGUGGCACAUUCCAGCAUGCAGCGUGUGCUGCACGGCCGCAGGGAGCUGCUGAACGGCAGCCGGGACACUGUGUUCAUCUUCUGGGGCCCCAGCGCAUACAUGCGGCGUGACGGCAAGGGCCUGGUCUACAACAACCUGCGGCUGGUCAAGCAGGUGCUGCCCGAGCUGCGGGUCUACAUCAUCUCACGGCAGAAGAUGCUGCAGUUCGACGAGCUCUUCAAGAGGGAGACCGGCAAGGACAGGUGGGUAGACAGCUCCUGGUGGACAAACGCAGGAGCCCUCGAUCUGUCCAUCUCUCUCCCCCACCCCCCCACCCGGCACAGGGAGCCGCUGCACCCCUCCGUGCCCUAUCACUACUACGAGCCGGCAGGCACUGACGAGUGCACCAUGUACGUUUCGCACGAGGGCGGUCGCCGUGGCAGCCACCAUCGCUUCCUCACCGAGAAGCGUGUCUUCGCAAGCUGGGCCUGCAUCUUCGACAUCCACUUCUACCAGCCCGAGUGGAGCCCCGAGCCCCCCCCUGCUAGCAACUGGACCGUGCCACGGCCCGCGUGACCCUCCCUGCCCCAAGCCGACGCCGAGAGGACGGCGCCCCCACAGUGCGGCUGUGUGCCGGACGACCGCGCAUCUCUCCUGCAGCUCCCGGGGUGGGGACUGCCUGGGGGUGUCCACGGCAGCUUGCUUAAUCAUUCUCACUUCUCUGCCUCUCCGCCAUGACACCCCCCAGGCGUGGAAGCAGCAGCACACCAUUCCUAUAGUUUGCAGGUGAUUAAUGAGGCCUGUUUCUCCUCCCCCUCCUAUGUUUCUGGAGUCGAUAGUGGGGGUGCAGGUGAAUUCAGCACCUCGGCUUCCUUUAGCGGGGGGGGAGGGGAGGUUUACCCCAGGUUCGAAGGCUCUAGUGGAGGGGUGACCUCUGCAGGGUGUUUCAUUCCUGUCAGAGAGCCUGAAUGGCCAGACCCCGGGACUGAGCCUUGGUUCACUGCCACCCCCUUCGUCAGUCUCUGUCGGCAGGAUAAAAGGUUCUCCGCAAUCUUGAAGGAUCUGUGACGAGUAUCCACAGGCACCAAAUCAACAUGUAAAACCCAGUCAGAUGGGUUGGACAUUCCCCCCCCCCAAAGCGGCCCUUCUGCAUCUUCAGACUUUUCGGGGGUGUUUCCCGCGACCCCCUGGGUCCUGCCUUUUGUGUCUUUUCAUCCACAAGCGCUGCAGUAAAACCAACCAGAUUUCACUUGAAUGUAACUUUGAAAAUAAACCAGCUGCGGCAGUUA